GUGAAGUGUAGAUGUGUUGAGACAUCUAUUGUUUAUUAAAUAAUUUAAAAGACUUUUGACAUAAGGGUUGGGCAGACGUUGUCGUAAUCGUCGGUACUUUGAUUUGAUCGACAAUUAUUGGUUCCAAAGACAGUGAUCACAUUGUGUGUCAAAAUGCGACCAUUAGUUCCGUCUCAGCAAAAGUUGGCCGAAAAGCUGACGAUUCUUAACGAUAGAGGCGUCGGAAUGUUGACCAGGAUUUACAACAUUAAAAAGGCCUGCGGUGAUGCCAAGUCUAAGCCAUCAUUUUUAUCAGACAAAACACUAGAGUCGGCAUUAAAACAUGUGAUCCGACGGUUCCCAAACACAGACACGAGAAGCAAUAGUAGCCAAUUGGGAGCUGUUUUUAACAUAAGACAAGAUAUUAUGAAGUCAUUGUCGUUAUAUUAUUACACUUUUGUCGAUCUAUUGGAUUUCAAAGAUCACGUCUCGGAACUGUUGACAACAAUGGACGCGUGUCAGCUCCAGUUGGAUAUCGAAUACAACUUUGAUAUGACAAAAGGCUAUUUGGAUCUAAUUGUCACUUAUGUCUCACUAAUGAUACUAUUGUCACGAGUGGAGGAUAGAAAAGCAGUGUUAGGUUUGUUCAAUACGGCUCAUGAAAUGAUUCACCAGCACUCGGACAGUAGUUUCCCUCGUUUGGGACAAUUGAUCGUUGAUUAUGAUCCGCCGCUAAAGAAGUUAUCUGAAGAAUUUAUUCCUCACUCAAAGCUGUUGUGUCAGGCAUUGACAUCACUUCAUAAAGUGUUUCCAAUGCGAAAUCUUUCUGUUGAUGAAUGGCGCAAAUGUCAGUUAUUAAGUCUUGUGGCUAAUCCGUCACAAAUGCUUAAUCCGGCCCAAACUGAUAUUGUUCAGUGCGAAUACCUGUCCAAUGAUAUUAUGGAACGUUAUAUCAUUUUCGGUUUUCUACUAAUACAUCAAUAUUUAAACCAAACGACAACUCAAGAUUUAUUUACCAAAGCUUUGCACUGCGGAUGGGUUACCACUUUGUUUAGGGAUGAAGUACUUCAUACACACGCUUUUAUACAACAAUACUUUGAAUCACACAAAGGAUACAAUAAAAGAGUUAAUGAAGUAAAAUAUGCUUACAAUUGGGUUUUACAAAAUAGUGGACACAUUCAUAGAGAGAGAAGAAAGUUUUUGAGAUCUGCUCUUAAAGAAUUGGGUCUUAUUCUCACUGAUCAACCGGGACUGUUAGGUCCUAAAACUUUACUCGUGUUUAUGGGGUUAUCAUUUGCUAGGGAUGAGGUUCAUUGGCUUUUGAGACAUUGCGAUAAUCCUCCCGUAAGACAAGGAAAGACUAAAUCACAAUCAGAUGAUUUGAUUGACAGACAGCUUCCAGAAUUGCUUUUUCAUAUGGAAGAGUUGAGAGCAUUAGUGAGAAAAUAUAAUCAAGUGAUUCAAAGAUAUUAUGUUCAAUAUCUUACUGGUUAUGAUGCCAUUGCUUUGAAUCAAAUUAUGCAAAAUGUUUCAAUGAUGCCGGAAGAAGACUCUAUUAUCUUGGAGUCGGCCCAUCAGGUUAUCUCAAAUAUGUCUGUAAAACAAGUUGAGAACAAUGAGCUCUUCGACUUCAGAGGUCUAAGACUUGAUUGGUUUAGACUUCAAGCCUACUGUAGUGUCAAUAGAUAUCCAAUGCAUUUGUUUGAACACAAAGAUUUGGCAAUUUUGAUGAAUACUGUUAUAUUUCACACACGAAUGGUCGAUGAUUUAGACCAAUUGAUUACUGAAACUUCAGAUUUAUCUAUAUUUUGUUUUUAUAGUAAAUUAUUUGACGAUAAUUUUCAUAUGUGUUUGGAAUUUCCGGCUCAAACCCGAUAUAUCGUUUCAUUUCCAUUAAUAUGCAGUCAUUUCAUGAACUGUACGCACGAACUCUGUCCCGAAGAGCGACAUCAUAUCGGUGACCGUUCCUUAACAAUGGUCAAUGGAUUUCUCGAUGAAAUGUCAAAAGAAGCUAAAAAUAUAAUUACAACCAUUUGUGACGAACAAUGUUUAUUAUCCGAUAAGUUGUUACCCAAACAUGUUGUGCCACAUUUGGCACUGAUUUUAACAAAAAAGAAAAGGGAUAAAAAAAGAGAUAAAAUGGUCACUGAAGAGGAUAAACCCGGCACUGAAAGCUAUAGAAGAAGUAGAGAAGAGUUAACAACAAUGGAUAAAUUACAUAUGGCUUUAACCGAAUUAUGUUUUGCAAUCAAUUAUUGCGGAACAAUACUUGUUUGGGACCAUACUUUUACACCUCGAGAGUAUCUGACCCAACAUUUGGAGACCCGUUUCAACAAAGCGUUGGUCGGAAUGGUUAUGUAUAAUCCAGAAAAUAAUGAAAUUGCAAAACCAUCUGAAUUACUGGUUUCUGUGCGAUCCUAUAUGAAUGUAUUGCAAAGUGUGGAAAAUUAUGUUCAUAUCGACAUUACGAGAGUCUUCAACAAUGUUUUAUUACAACAAACUCAACCACAGGACAGUCACGGGGAUAAAACUAUAACAACUCUUUAUACGAACUGGUAUUUAGAAGUUUUAUUGAGAAGAGUAAGCGCCGGACAUAUUUGCUAUUCUCCGCUUCAAAAAGCAUUCGUCACUCUUAUGAUUGACGGACAGAUGCCUUUCAGUGCUGAAGAAUAUUCAGAUGUCAAUGAGUUGAAAAGCUUAGCUGAAUUGAUUGGUCCGUAUGGUAUGAAAUACCUUAAUGAGUCACUCAUGUGGCACAUCGCCAGCCAAGUGACUGAAUUAAAGAAAUUGGUUGUCCUCAACAAAGAUGUUUUAGUAGGUUUGCGAUCCAAUUACGAUAAACCGGAACAAAUGAAAGAAUUAUUCAAACGAUUACAAAAUGUUGAUAGUGUCCUCCAAAGGAUGUCAAUUAUUGGUGUCAUUAUAUGCUUCCGAGGUUUGGCUCAGGAGUCACUCAAUGAUGUUCUUUCAGAACGCAUACCUUUCCUGUUAAGUUCAAUAAAUGAUUUCAAACAUCACAUUCAAAAUGGAGAUUCAUUGCUUGAAAACAUCAAAUUACAGAUAGUUAGUGAGAUGGCCAGUGCUACGGGUCUUCCCUGUAAAGUAGAUCCCGCAUUAGUUAGUGCACUUCGGUCUCAAAAAUGCGAAUUAGGCGAAGAUGAGUAUCAGUUGGCGUGUCUUUUAAUGGUAUUCAUAGCGGUUUCGUUACCAAAGUUGGCGCGAAAUGAUUCGUCAUAUUAUAAGCCAUCACUUGAAGCUCACGCCAAUAAUAUGCAUUGUCUCGCUCAAGCCAUUAAUGGUAUAGCAGGUUCUCUCUUCACAAUUUGUGGCGUCAAUGACAUUGAAGAGCGACUUAAAGAAUUUCUGGCGUUGGCCUCAUCCAGUCUUUUGCGUUUAGGACACGAUCGAGAAGACAAAGAGACUGUCAAAAAUAGGGAAUCAGUUUAUCUUUUAUUGGAUAUGAUUGUCCAGGAAAGCCCAUUCCUCACAAUGGAUCUGUUAGAGUCAUGCUUUCCCUAUGCUUUGUUACGCAAUGCUUACCACGACGUCUAUAAAUCAGACGGCGCACAAACUGUCAUUUAAUUGUAUUUUAUAUAAUGUUUUAAAUUUUACACUUUUGUAUUGUAUUUUAUAUCAUUUAAAAAAUAUAUUUCAAACAUAUUGUUCAUUAAUAAUAUAUCAAUAAAUUGAA